AUGGAUUGCCUUGAUAAUAUCUACCAUGAAAGUUUUAAAUAUAUAUACAUACCAUAUCAUGAAAGUGAUAAAGUUGAACAAAUGGAGUUCUCUGGAAAAGAGGGGCAUUUUCGAAAACGUUUACAGCAGCAUUUCCGUAGUAAACUUAGAAAUGAAGAAAUAGUGCGUCUACAGAAAAGUAUACAAUUGGAAACUUCUAUAUCUGAUUCUUUACUUGGAGAAGCUAUAAACAGUAGUCAAACGUAUGAAAUUAUUAGUUUAAUACUUCCAAAAAAAGAAAAUAACUAUCGUGCUGUUAAUGCAUAUAUUGACUCUGUUGGGAGAAUUAAAGAUAUGCCUAUUAACCCUCGUGCAUCUAGAAUAUGUUCUAGUAAUAUUCGUGGAGAUUGCUUCAUUUCGGCUUCAUUUGAUAAUGAGGAUAUCUUUAAGAGGGUAAACUUUACUAUUGAGGAUUAUGAAAUAAUGUACAACAAUCCACCACCUAAAGAAAAUAGAUGGGAUGUUUCGAAAAUUGGUGAUAUAAUAAAUAAUCCUAUAAACGCCUUCUCAAACAAAGAGAAAGCUGACUUAACAAGGUGUGAGAAUUGUAGAAUAACUUCCUUGCCACUUAUGAGGUGUGGAAGAUGCAAAAAGGUCUUAUAUUGUUCAGUUACUUGUCAGAAAGAAGAUUGGAAAUAUCAUAAAAGAAUUUGUAAAUAG